AUGUACUCUUUCAAAUACAUCGCCAUUGUCGCCCUCGCCGCUCUCGGCGUCCAGGCCUGCAGACCUACAGAGUAUCAGUGCGGUAACCGCGGUGGUGCACCCGGACCCGACGGCGCCAUCUACGUCUGCGAUGCUGCCGGCCAGUGGCAGUUUCAAGCCCAGUGCGGUGGCGCUAAAUGCUGCAGGAUUACUGGUAGCAAUGUCAACUGCAUCUGCUAG